AUGGCUCCUCCAAAUGACACCUCUAGUUCCAUCCCAUCCCCAACAGAUCCAACGCUAACACCUGAAAAUCAAACGACCCCAUUGGCUAACCAUCAAAACAUUACUUCCCCAAAUAUUGUGGCCUCCUCUAACACCAUUAUCUCCUUGAACAACAAAGAACAACUUAUCUCCAUUAAUACUGCCGCUCAAGCCCCACUAAAACUCACCACCACCAACUACAAGUCUUGGCAAUAUCAAUGGGAUACAUUGCUCACUGCUUACAAUUUUCUCCAGUUUAUAUAUGAGCCACCAUCCAUCGUGGCAACAUAUGCCUAUAGACGGCAAGACCAUCUUAUUAGAAGUGCCAUGGUUGCAUCUCUUUCACCAGAAAUUACACCCUUUGUUACUGAUGACAAAACUUCUUACGCUCUUUGGCAAAACCUUGCCACCACUUAUGCCAAGCCGUUGCGUGCUCGCAUAAUUAGCUUGAGAGAAGAUCUGAAUAAUAUUAUAAAAGGCAACCUCUCCAUUACUGUGUACUUUCAGAAAAUUAAAAAAAUCUGCACCAAGCUUGCUUCAGUUGGUGUUCACAUAUCCACAGUCCACUGA